UGUACUUGUAGACCCCAAAGAAGUAGAUGUUUCUUUUCUCAGAGACGCAGAUCGAGAUCGAGAUGAAGAUAAAGAAGCAGACAUGAGUACAAAAAAGGCGAUAAAAUUCAAACGGACAGCGCCUCUUUCGAGUAACCCUAGCGUCGAAAGGGGAGAGCAGGAAACACCUCCAAAUAGUGAAGAAUUACGAGUGCGGAAACUUUACCACGAGCAAUUGUCAGAUCCGUGCGAGAAGGCCCUGAUACUUCCAUCUUUCAUCUUUGAAAUCUUUCCUGUGGCAGAGCUUGGGAGAAGAACGGGAGGCGAAGUGGAUCUUCUUUCAGUUUUUCUUCGUGGGGAGCAAGAAAAAG